AUGCAAGUCAAUCCUGAUAGCGCCGACCUUGAGGACAUUAACUCCGUAGAUGAAUGGACUACACUUUAUAGGAAACGAGCUGUCGCGAAGCUCGCAGGAAUUCCUCUGGGAACACCCGAUGUUCAGGAUGCCCUUCUCGAGUAUCUUAACACUGACUGCAUCUCUCUCAUUGAUCAGAGAAAACAGUAUCUACAUGGCAGCAGUGAGUAUACUGGUAACAAGAUUGCAGCUACGCUUUGUGGCAGUAUUCCAUUCCUCCGGCCCUGGGCAGUACAUGAGCUGGGAACUGACUUCGCAAAUAUCACCCUCAAUGCCUUUGGCUUAGGCGAUAUAGAUAAGCUACAGGAAUACCAAAGGUCAUUCCAGGAGGCCCACAACUCCAAAGACAAGAUAGCCAAGGCCAUGGCCGUUACAAUAGGUAGGUUAACUGUCACAGAGCUCCUGCGAGACACAGCCGUGGACGUUGGUGUUGAGGCUGUUCACAUUCAACCUAUGAUUGGACAGGCGAUAUCCAUGGGAUUUGGGUACCAUAGAAUGCGCAAAGGAAUGCUUAAGAUGAUGGAUGACGCUGCUGCGAAGGCUGUUAAGGUGCAUCAGGGCUUGAUUAUCCCGCAUGUCAUGCAUUCGCUCAAUUCCUCCAUCCCCUAUGCCCAUUGCACGUCGGUCACGGAUAACCAAUCACUAUAUAUAUGCUAUGUCUGCUUCUUUACCACCUUCAAAGACACUUCAAAAUACUGCUUGGAGAACUCGGUCUUGUCGAACUUCGUCCUCUACCUCUCAGAUGUUCCAGAGGAGAAGCAGUUUGGGGCAGAUAGUGACGCUGGCGAUACCGCGAUCAUACGUAUCCCAGGCCCGUCCUACCUCUCGCAGAGAGCAAGCGAGCAGGAAGGAAAGGCGUUUCUCAGAAGCUGCAUGAUAGAAACAGUCAACUGGUUAACCAAGUCUCAUGUCGGAUGCCGCGACGCCGCCCGAAUUGGCCUCAUGGGACCGGAGUAUGUAGAUGCAACAUAUGUGUCCUGGCCUGGUUUGGCUCUGCCGCCUAUGAGGGAAGCUGAUUUCCACUCCACGAGCCCACCCUCGAAUAUGGAAUAUGAGAUUCCGCAUUACGAGCUUGGGUACUUGGAUUGUGGUUUCGGGUCUACAGGCAAAGCAUGA